AUGUUCUCCCGAAGGAGCCAUGGGGAUGUGAAGAAGUCCACCCAGAAGGUGCUGGAUCCGAAAAAGGACGUGCUGACCCGCCUAAAGCACCUGCGGGCGCUACUGGAUAAUGUGGAUGCAAGUGAUCUAAAGCAAUUUUUUGAGACCAACUAUUCUCAGAUAUAUUUCAUCUUCUAUGAAAAUUUUGUAACACUGGAAAAUAGUUUGAAAUUAAAAGGGACUAAUAAAUCACAAAGGGAGGAGCUGGACUCCAUUCUCUUUCUUUUUGAAAAAAUACUGCAGUUUCUACCUGAACGAAUUUUCUACCGAUGGCAUUACCAGAGUAUAGGCUCAACUUUAAAGAAGCUUCUACAUACUGGAAAUUCUAUUAAGAUAAGAUGUGAAGGAAUCAGGUUGUUUCUUUUAUGGCUUCAAGCACUUCAGACGAACUGUGCGGAAGAGCAGGUGCUCAUUUUUGCUUGCCUCGUGCCUGGUUUCCCAGCUGUCAUGUCAUCUAGAGGGCCCUGUACACUGGAGACACUCCUCAAUCCUAGCCCUAAUGUAGCUGAUGCAAAGAUAUAUCCAGAAGAAAUCACUCCACUCUUACCAGCCAUGUCAGGGGAAAAGAUCACUGAGGACCAAACGUGCUUUUUUCUUCAGAUACUAUUGAAGUAUAUGGUUAUUCAGGCUGCGAGCUUGGAGUGGAAGAAUAAGGAGAAUCAAGAUACUGGUUUUAAGUUUCUUUUUACUUUGUUUCGAAAAUAUUAUCUUCCUCAUUUAUUUCCAUCAUUUACUAAGUUAACAAACAUCUACAAACCUGUACUAGACAUCCCUCAUUUGAGACCAAAGCCAGUGUAUAUUACUACAGUUCGGGACAAUGAAAACAUUUACAGUACAAAAAUUCCAUACAUGGCAGCUCGUGUUGUUUUUAUUAAAUGGAUUGUAACUUUCUUUUUGGAAAAAAAGUAUUCAACCUCAACACAAAACACUAAAAAUGGAGUUGAUGUAUUGCCCAAAAUCAUCCAGACUGUGGGUGGUGGUGCAGUGCCAGAGAGAGUGCCGGAGCUGGACAGUGGUGUGCCCACAGAGCAGGACAAAAGUCAUUCGAACAGCAGCACUUUGUCAGACCGAAGACUCAGUAACUCCAGCCUUUGUAGUGUUGAAGAGGAGCACCGAACAGUGUAUGAAAUGGUGCAGCGGAUUCUCUUGUCAACACGAGGUUAUGUCAAUUUUGUCAAUGAAGUGUUUCGCCAGGCAUUUUUGCUGCCUUCCUGUGACAUAGCUGUGACAAGAAAAGUAGUACAAGUGUACAGGAAGUGGAUCCUCCAGGACAAGCCUGUCUUCAUGGAGGAGCCAGAUAAAAAAGAUAUUGCCCAAGAAAAUGCUGAAAAAUUAGGAUUAUCAGAGACUGAUAGCAAGGAGGUCUCCUCAGAAAGUUCCGGUCAUAAGCGGUCUUCCAGCUGGGGGCGAACAUACUCCUUCACAAGUGCUGUAAACAGAGGUUGUGUAGUAGAAGAGGAAAGUAAGAACGUGAGAGCUGGUGCUCAGGUUAUGCUGCAGGUAUUUUUGACAAACGCUGCAAAUGUAUUUUUGCUGGAACCCUGUGCUGAAGUUCCCAUGCUCUUGAAAGAACAAGUUGAUGCUUGUAAAGCUGUUUUAAUUAUUUUUAGGCGCAUGAUAAUGGAGCUUACAAUGAAUCAAAAGACAUGGGAACAGAUGUUGCAAAUACUACUCAGGAUAACAGAAGCUGUCAUGCAGAAGCCAAAGGAAAAACAAAUAAAGGACUUGUUUGCCCAGAGCUUGGCAGGGUUACUAUUUAGGACACUCAUUGUCGCUUGGAUCCGAGCAAACCUCUGUGUGUAUAUUUCCCGAGAGCUCUGGGAUGACUUUCUUGGUGUGUUAUCUUCCCUCACCGAAUGGGAGGAGCUCAUAAAUGAGUGGGCCAACAUCAUGGACUCCUUAACAGCAGUGCUCGCAAAAACAGUGUAUGGAGUAGAGAUGACAAACCUACCUCUGGAUAAACUAAGUGAACAAAAGGAAAAGAAGCAAAGAGGCAAAGUCUGUGUUCUAGAUUCUGAGAAAGGAAGUGCUGUGGGAAGAUCCUUUUCUCUUAGCUGGAGGAGCCAUCCGGAUAUGACUGAGCCAAUGAGAUUUAGGAGUGCUACCACAUCUGGAGCACCGGGGGUUGAGAAAGCAAGAAACAUUGUUCGCCAAAAAGCAACUGAAGUGGAAGAGUAUCAACAGUCAGAAAAUGCCACUGGAGCGGAAGCCAGUCACCUGGUGGUAGAGCAGCCACAUCAGCAGAUUCUUCGGAGCAGCAGCACGUCAGAUAUCACUGAGCAGCUGUACUCAAAUGCUUCUCAAGGUCUAAAGAUAGAGAAUGCACAGAGCUCAAGUUUUUCAGACACUAAGCCUGUUCAAGAAAAUAAAGGAAUUAUGAAGAAAGAACAUGAAGGAGUAACAAUCUUAGUUCAAAGAAGCAGCAGCCCUGUUGAACUGGAUUUAAAAGAUGCUUUACAGCAGAAACAAGAAAAAUGUGGUGAAAGACAGAAGAGUGAAAGUGUCAUUAGCGAUACGCCUCUGGGCUAUACCAAUGAAGCAGAGCUAUCCUUGAGUGCCUGGCAGAGCUGUGAAGAGGACCCAGAAUUGAACACUCCCACAGAUGUGGCUGAUUCUGAUGCACGUCAAUGGUUACAACUGAGUCCCACUGAUGCUUCAAACUUAACAGAUAGCAGUGAAUGCCUUGCUGAUGAUUGUAGCAUCAUUGCUGGAGGGAAUCUCACUGGUUGGCACCCAGAUUCUGCUGCUGUGUUAUGGCGAAGAGCCUUGGGAAUCCUUGGGGAUGUGAAUAAUAUCCAGUCACCCAAGAUCCAUGCCAAAGUAUUUGGCUAUCUCUAUGACCUCUGGUACAAGCUAGCAAAGAUACGGGAUAAUUUAGCAAUAAGCCUGGAUAACCAGUCUUCUCCAUCUCCUCCAGUCUUGAUCCCACCACUCAGAAUCUUUGCAUCAUGGCUAUUUAAGGCAACGACAUUGCCAAAUGAAUACAAGGAAGGCAAACUACAAGCCUACAGACUGAUCUGUGCCAUGAUGACCAGACGCCAGGACGUUCUGCCAAAUUCAGAUUUCCUGGUACAUUUUUACUUGGUGCUGCACCUUGGAUUGACCAGCGAGGAUCAGGAUAUCUUAAGUACCAUCGUAAGGCACUGCCCGCCCCGCUUUUUUUCCCUGGGCUUUCCUGGCUUCUCCAUGCUGAUGGGGGACUUCAUCACAGCUGCAGCCAGGAUCCUCAGUACAGACAUGUUGGUGGCUCCUCGUUCGGAAGCCCUCACCAUUCUCGGUUCGCUUGUCUGCUUUCCAAACACUUAUCAAGAGAUCCCACUGCUACAGUCAGUGCCAGACGUUAAUGAGGUUGUCACAGGAACCGAAGAUGUCAAGCGUUACCUCAUAAAUAUUUUACUGAAGAAUGCCAUGGAGGAGCCAAAUGAAUGUGCAAGAUGCAUUGCCAUUUGUUCUCUCGGGGUCUGGAUUUGUGAAGAACUUGCACACUGUACAAGCCAUCCACAGGUGAAAGAAGCCAUCAAUGUGAUAGGCGUAACUCUAAAGUUUCCUAACAAAACUGUGGCUCAAGUAGCUUGUGAUGUGCUUCAGUUGUUGGUUUCCUACUGGGAAAAGCUUCAAAUGUUUGAAACUUCUAUGCCUCGGAAAAUUGCAGAAAUCCUUGUGGCCACAAUCGCUUUUCUUUUACCAAGUGCAGAAUACUCGUCAAUGGAAACAGAUAAGAAGUUUAUUGUUUCUCUGCUCCUUUGCCUGUUGGACUGGUGCAUGGCAUUACCAGUGCCAGCCCUUCUUCACCCAGUAUCAACAACCGUCCUGGAUGAGCAGCAUAUGACCAGAGCCCCCUUGUUGGAUUACAUCUACAGGGUCCUGCACUGCUGUGUUUGUGGCUCGAGCACAUACACCCAACAGAGUCACUACAUACUGACCCUGGCUGACUUGUUAUCCACGGAUUAUGACCCCUUCUUGCCACUGGCAAAUGUUAAGAAUUCUGAGCCUGUCCAAUAUCAUUCAUUAGCAGAACUGGAUAACCUGCUUACUGUUGAAGCAGAAAAAAAGAGAAGAAGUUUGGAACUGAUUCCUCUGACUGCUCGCAUGGUGAUGGCCCACCUGGUGAACCACCUUGGGCACUAUCCCCUUAGUGGGGGCCCUGCCAUGCUACACAGCCUCAUCAGCGAAAACCACGACAACAGCCACGUGGAUUCCUCGGAGCUAUCCUCAGAGGUUUUCAGGAGCCCAAACCUGCAGCUGUUUGUAUUUAAUGAUAGCACCCUUAUAUCCUACCUUCAAAUACCCACAGAAAGGCCUGCAGGCAACCGCGGGGUGGGUGCUCUCUCUGAUGUGAGAGUUAUUAUGAGGGAUAUCUCAGGAAAGUACUCUUGGGACGGGAAAAUUCUGUAUGGACCUUUGGAAGGCUACUUCUCUCCCAAUGAAAGAAAUCCUUCAUUUCUGAUUUCGAGCUGGCAUCAUCAGGCAGUGAGACCUCAGAAAGACUUUUCUCAAGUUGAAGAAGGAGAGGAUGUCCUUGACAAAUUACUUGAAAACAUUGGUCACACAAGUCCUGAGUGUCUUCUACCAUCGCAACUAAAUCUAAAUGAGCCUUCUCCACCCCCACACGGAAUGAGCCUGGACCAAGAGAAGGAAAUCAUUGAGGUCAUUUUGCGCCAGGACACACAGGAAGAUGAGUAUGUUCAGAGAUGUAACUCUGACUCUGCUAUGAAAGUCACUUGUCAAGGUCAGCCCACACCAGUGGAGCCACAAGGACCCUUCUAUUUCUGCAGGUUGUUGCUCAAUGACUUGGGAAUGAAUUCUUGGGACAGAAGGAAGAACUUUCAUCUCUUGAAGAAAAAUUCCAAAUUAUUAAGAGAGCUAAAACAUUUGGACUCCCGCCAGUGCCGUGAAACACACAAAAUUGCAGUGUUUUACAUUGCAGAAGGUCAAGAAGACAAAUGCUCGAUCCUGUCCAAUGAAAGAGGGAGCCAAGCAUAUGAAGACUUUGUUGCUGGACUUGGAUGGGAGGUGGAUCUCUCAACCCACUGUGGGUUCAUGGGCGGCCUUCAGCGCAACGGCAGCACAGGACAGACGGCCCCCUACUAUGCUACCUCAACUGUGGAAGUGAUUUUCCACGUUUCCACAAGGAUGCCAUCAGACUCAGAUGAUUCACUCACCAAAAAGCUCCGUCACUUGGGGAAUGACGAGGUCCACAUCGUCUGGUCUGAACACUCCAGGGACUACCGCAGGGGUAUUAUUCCAACUGCCUUUGGAGACGUUUUAAUCAUUAUUUACCCAAUGAAGAAUCACAUGUUCUUUAUUGCCAUAACGAAGAAACCUGAGGUUCCAUUUUUUGGACCUCUGUUUGAUGGAGCCAUUGUAAGUGGGAAGCUGCUACCAAGCCUUAUCUGUGCUACAUGCAUCAAUGCCAGCAGGGCUGUGAAGGGCCUCAUUCCACUCUACCAGAGCUUCUAUGAAGAGAGAGCUCUGUACCUUGAAGCAAUAAUUCAGAACCACCGUGAAGUAAUGACAUUUGAGGAUUUUGCAGCCCGAGUAUUUUCACCCUCUUCCAGCUACUCCCUCAGUGGAACGGAUUAAAGACCU